UUAAAGCUAGAGGUGAAAGAUAUUUCAUCAUACAUUUUGCUCAACUCUUUGUACUAAUUUCCUGCAAAAUACGAGAAUCAUGAAAAUCUUUCUUUUACUUUCUUUCAGUGUUCUCAUGUCACUUGAAGCAUUCAAGAAUACCUAUGAAACUGAUAAGCAAGCAUUACUCAAGUUCAAGUCUGAAGUUUCUGAGGAGAAAGAAGUUUUGCUGUCUUCAUGGAACAACUCGUUCUCUCUCUGCAAAUGGACGGGGGUUACAUGUGGCCGCAAACACAAGAGAGUUACUGGUUUGGACCUCGGAGGAUUCCAGUUGGGUGGAGUGAUAUCGCCAUUUAUUGGUAAUCUUUCGUUUCUCAUAUCACUUGAUUUCAAUAGUAACUCUUUUGGUGGAACCAUCCCUCAAGAGCUGGGAAAAUUGUUUAGACUUCAGCACUUGAAUAUGAGCUUCAAUUUUCUGGAAGGGGGGAUUCCAUCAAGUCUGUUCAACUGUUCUAGAUUGUUGGACCUUUCUUUAUAUUCAAAUUAUAUUGGGCAAGGUCUUCCUUCAGAACUAGGAUCAUUGACGAAGCUUGUUAAUUUAAACCUUCGUCAAAACAAAUUGAAAGGGAAACUCCCUGUAUCUCUAGGAAACCUGACAUCCCUAAGAGGACUUUCCUUUACAGACAAUGAUUUGGAAGGAGAAAUUCCUGAUGCCAUAGCUAGAUUGACUCAAUUGGAGCUUUUUUUAUUAGAGAGCAACAAUUUCUCUGGUGUUUUUCCUCCUGCAAUUUACAACUUGUCCUCACUUAUGUAUCUGAACAUGUUUGGUAAUGGUUUCUCUGGGAACCUGAGGCCUGAUUUUGGUAAUUUGCUACCAAACCUUCUAGAAUUGUCUCUCGGAGUUAAUUCUCUCACAGGAGCCAUUCCCUCAACACUUGUAAAUAUUUCAACUCUUCAAAUUUUGGGCAUGGAGGUUAACAGUCUGACAGGAAGUAUUCCUACGAGCUUUGCAAAAAUACAAGAUCUGCAAGUACUAUCCCUUAGUCAAAAUUCGCUUGGAAAUUUUUCAGCUGGAGAUUUUGAAUUUCUUAUUGCUUUGACCAACUGCACCCAACUGCGAAAAGUAGAUGUGUCAUUUAAUAGGCUUGGGGGUGACUUGCCUACCUCCAUUGCCAAUCUGUCAAUGAACCUCAGAGAGUUAACUCUUCGAAAUAAUUUCAUAUCUGGAAGCAUUCCUCAUGGCAUUGGGAAUCUCAUAGGCCUACAAAUGUUAAUGUUGGCGUACAAUCUAUUGAAAGGACCAAUACCAACCUCUUUUGGAAAACUUUCAGGAUUGAUGGGUUUAACUGUCCGCGGAAAUAGGAUGUCAGGAGAGAUACCAUAUUCUUUAGGCAACAUCACUCGGUUAGAAAGACUCUACUUGUCCAACAAUAAUUUUGAAGGAAUCAUUCCUCCAAGUCUCAGUAACUGUAGCUAUUUGCUAUAUUUACAUAUCAAUAACAAUAAGUUGAAUGGUAUUAUCCCUAAGGAGAUUGUGAAAAUUUCAACUCUUUUUUCUCUAAACAUGUCAAAUAAUUUAUUGACUGGCUCUCUACCAGAAGAUGUUGGACGACUUGAAAAUCUUGGUAAUUUAUCUGUUGCUCAUAAUAAGCUAUCAGGGAAACUCCCAGAGACAUUAGGAAAGUGUCUCUCAAUGGCACAUCUUGAACUUCAAGGAAAUUCUUUUAAUGGAAUCAUUCCAGAUAUAAGUGGGUUGGUAGGUAUUAAGGAGGUUGAUUUCUCAAGCAACAAUCUCUCUGGAAGAAUCCCUGAAUAUCUCGCAAACUUUAGCUUGUUGGAGUAUCUCAAUCUAUCAUUCAACAACUUUGAGGGAAAUGUGCCAACAGAAGGAAAAUUCAAGAACACAACUAUUGUCUCAGUAUCUGGAAACAAAAAUCUUUGCGGAGGCAUCUUGGAACUGCGACUAAAGCCAUGUUAUUUGCAACCACCAGAAAAUUCAAGAAAGAAACUUGUGAUUGGGCUAAGCGUGGGAAUAUCUCUGCUCUUGAUUUUGUUCAUAGCUUCAGUUUCUCUUUGUUGGGUAAAAAGCAGAAAGAAGAAAAAGAUCACUGAAGAAACUCCUUCCACCUUGGGGAUUUUUCAUGAAAUGAUAAGUUAUGGAGAUCUUCGAAAUGCGACAGAUGGCUUCUCUUCGAGUAAUUUGAUUGGUUCAGGAAGCUUUGGCACUGUGUUUAAAGCGUUGUUUCAAGCAGAGAACAAGGUUGUAGCAGUGAAAGUUCUAAACAUGCAGAGACAUGGAGCAAUGAAGAGUUUUAUGGCAGAAUGUGAAUCCUUGAAAGACAUUAGACAUCGUAACCUUGUGAAACUGUUGACUGCUUGUUCGAGUAUUGAUUUCCAAGGAAAUGAAUUCAGAGCUCUAAUCUAUGAGUACAUGCCAAAUGGAAGCUUGGAUAUGUGGCUGCACCCAAAGGAAAUGAACGAGAUUUCUAGGCCCUCAAGAACAUUGACACUUUUGGAAAGGCUUAACAUAGCGAUAGACGUGGCUUCUGUUUUGGAGUAUCUUCAUAUUAAUUGCCAUGAAUCUAUUGUUCAUUGCGAUCUUAAACCAAGCAACGUUCUUCUAGAUGAUGAUCUAACGGCCCAUGUGAGCGACUUUGGUCUUGCUCGGAUCCUUCUCAAAUUCGACCAGGAAACCUUCAUUAACCAACUUAGCUCCGCUGGAGUCAGAGGGAGCAUCGGCUAUGCUGCACCAGAAUAUGCAAUGGGAGGAGAAAUAUCAGUGCAUGGUGAUGCAUAUAGCUUUGGGAUUCUCAUUUUUGAAAUGUUCAGUGGAAAACGACCAACCGACGAGAUAUUUGGCGGGGACAUUACCCUUCGUAGCUGCAUCAGGUCUGCAUUGCCAGAGCAAGUUUUGGAUGUCGCAGAAGAAUUGGUUCUUCACAACGGCCUUAGAGUUGGCUUCCCUGCUUCUGAGUGCUUGACAAAGGUUUUAGAAGUGGGACUUGGAUGUUCUGAAGAGUCUCCAGCAAACCGCUUGGGAAUGAGUGAUGUUGUAAAAGAAUUAAUCUCAAUCAAGGAGAGGUUCUUCAAAGCCAGAUGAGGAGCUAGACGUUGAAGUGUCGUCUUGUAUGCUUUGCUCCUCUACAAACUUGAUGAAGACUUGAUGUAUAAUAUGCUUUGAAUGUUGUGAACAUAAUGCUAUGUUUUUAGCAGACAAAAGAUGAAUGUUGUGUUAGUAAUUUGAUAUUUGUAAAUUUGGAAUUUCUAUCGGAAAACAUUGCUUUAGCAAUUUGAUUUCUGAUACAUGUUUGAUAGUUUCUACAAGUUUCAGAGCUUGAGCAUUGCCACCACGAUCCUUGAACAAUCUUCACCCGCAGUCACUUACGCUUUCAUCACUUGGACACGUAACCUUUCUUCCGAAACUAGUGCGAAGCCAAGAGGUGUGCAUUGAUAGUCACAGAAGAACUUGAUCGAAGCGGGAAAUAACCCCAAAGCGCAAAGCUACCCUCUUUCUGUCAUCAGACAGAGCUCUUUCCGGACAGCUUUCGUUGGGAGAAGAGGUUCUUGUCUUCUUCUUCUUUUUUAUUUUUCUAAUUGUUUUCACUUGCUUGACCCAAAAGUUACUAACGUUUUGCAAGUCAUUGAUGUAUCAAUGAAGAAGCUGAAAACGAGAACGACGCAUACACAAAUCAAACGCACGUUGCGUGCACGAAUUGUAUCGUGUGGUCACCGUUUCUUCUUCUUUGUCUUCU